AUCGAAGAUAUUUAAAAAACACACCAAACCAGGUAUGGAUGACACAGUGACGACUGCCACAUAUGUUACCUAAGAUUUGAAACAAAACUACCCUACGGGCCCGAAUCAUUCACAGGCUAGCAGGUUUACAGCGGUUCCAUCAAAGGGGCCCAAAGGCUCAUGUUGACGCAGCAUUUGCAUUUGAUUGCACAGACCCAGGAUUCACGCAGUGAUAUUCUCCAUGAGGCGCAGGUAGAAACAAUACCAUCUACGCAAAACCGCUAGGCCGAGAAUAUAAAGCAGAUAUUAUAAAGCCCAACUAAAAUAUCGCAUAACCCCUAGCAUCUUCAAGUUAAGAAGUGCACAGAUUUCUGACGCAGUGUUGUCACCAUGGCAUCUCAACCAAGAAAAGUCUUGCUAGCUAUCGACGCGAGCCAUCAUAGCGAAGAGGCCGUGCACUUUUAUUUCAACAACUGCUUCAAACCCGAGCAAGACUUCCUCUACGUAGUCCACGUGGUAGCACACCAUCCACAUAUGUUCCACCGCAAGCAAGAUUAUGAAGAAGCGCUCAACGACAUCAAUCAUAAAGCCAAUAUCCUCUUAGAAAACUACAACGCCAAACUGAAGAUCCUUUUGCCGGAAGACAGAUUUGAAGUGGCUCUACUAAAAGAGAUGGACGGGGGCGUCGGUCACACUCUUUGCCAAACAGCGCAGGAUCAUGACAUCUCUCUGAUAAUCAUGUCCCGGCGUGGGCUGGGUCUGAUCAGAAGGUCACUGAUGGGGAGUGUCAGUGAUUACGUGCUGCACCACGCCCACAUCCCCACCAUUGUAGUCCCCCCUUGCAAGUGCCAGGUGGCCCAGACGGAGGACCGGAAAAGACUGGAGGAGGAGCAGCGAGUGGCGGAGACAUGGUAUCAGCAGAAGGCGCAGGGAAUUCAACACAUAUCUUUCAAUUUGCACUGAUUCUACUCGCGAGUUUGGCACGCCAGCACUAGGAUGAUGCUUAGCCCCGCCCAUACGUAUCCGUUUUCAUUUGAAGCGGACUGGACCUGAGUAAUCGCGUCAUCGUUUUCAAAAGGUUUCUUUUCCGUCCGUAAACACGGCACCAAAACGGUAUCGUUUUCAAAUUGUUCCACUCUGGAGAGCGUUUUCAAGUUGUUCCGUUCUUGGUCGCCGUUUUCGCGGAUACGUGUGAACGAUACCCGUAAAUGUAACACGGACACGUGUGGACGGGGCCUUAAAAAGUACAAACUGUAUUUAAAAUACUUUGUAUAGCCCAUGUCAUUUCCACUUUGCGUGGUAUCACGUAGUACAUAGAUGCGUUUUUCUUAAUUAAGCAUAGAUGCUGAAUUAUUUUAUUUAGUGCCGUUUACUUUGAUAUCCCCUGGUUCCAGAGCCUCGUGCGUCUCUCUAUUUAGUGGCCAGCGAGGUUGAGACGUCUCAACCUCGUCUCAACCUCACUGGCCAUUGAAAAGAGAGACGCUCGAGGCUCUGGGACCAGGGUAACUUUGAGAUGUCUUCGCUGGUAUUCUAGAUCCCCAUGACGUUUAGCGUAGUUAAAAUAAAUUUUGUUUUCAACUAAGCUUAUGGAAACAUGUUUGAUUAGAGCAAGGUCUCUCGGAAAAGCGGUAUAUCAUGAUAAAUAAGCAGAAGCAAAAUAUCAAGCUAUUGGAUUAUUAUAAGUGAUCAACUUUGAGCACCCCUCUUUUUUAUUGAGUCUUGUCAACACUUAUGAAAUGAACACCAACUCACUGUGGCUACUUUACGACCUUGUCCUGGCUCUUUAGUGAAGGUGCACUUAUUAUGGUGGGACUUAAUGGAGUGAUGUUUUCAGGACAUUACGACUCGGGGCUUUAGCAGGUGUAUGUAUGUUGGUGACGGGUUUCAUGGGGUGGCAGUGGCGGCGGAGUGGUCCCAUAAGUGGGGGGGGGGGGGGGGGGUGAAAGUUUGGGGGGAGCGGUGGGUAGUGGUUUUAAAGGGAGUGGUGUAAUGAUUUGUGAUCUUUAUUUAAUCGAUUUAUUGAAUAUAAUUGUCAGGAUGAA